GCUGUGGCCAAGCUGUGCGAGCAGAGACUCGAAACACCCACCCGCCAUGAACGUCAAAACUUGUGCUCUGAUCUCCCUCCUGAUUGGGAUAGCCUGCAUCAACUUAUCCUGUGAAAAGCCAUCGUCCAUAAGCUACAGAUGCAAGUGCAGAGGUGGCACCACCCGCCUCCACCCAGGAAUGAUCAGGAAACUGCUCUUCCUGCCAAUUCCAAACUGUCCUCCACAGAUCAUAGCCACUCUGAAGUACACUGGAGAACAAAUCUGCAUUCACCCCCGAACAAGAUGGCUGCGUUCCAUAAAUUUUUUCAAUCUGAAAUCCAGGAUGUAAAGCCCGCAAAAUGACAUGUUCAUCCCGAGCUCAGCUGACGCCGUUACAUUACAAGAGUGGCAACCUUUUAUGUUCCACCUUCAUUUACCCAGUAAUCAGCUGCUGAAACAAGAGGCUAGAGACAGAACCUGAAUGUGUGUGGCAUCACUUGAUGGCAUAUACCUUUGAGGUCUGUUGUCAUUAUCAUCUGUAUCAGCCUUUUUACCUAUGUCGCACUGACCUCUGCUUCCUCCUGAUUUUUACCCUAUGGCAGUAGGGAUACUGUCAAGCGUUUGAAAAGCACUUGCGGUUAACGCAAAAUUAAGAGGAGUCACUUGCUGGUGGCCCGAUUGAAACUGUGAUUCCACCUUGUGGUUUUGAUGGGAUUCAGAAACUUACAGGAGUGAAACUAUAACUUGCUUCCAAUUGCCUGUCCUCUGUGUACAUUCAUUCCAUGGCCAUAUCUAUGCUGUCCCAAAGUAGCAUCAAAGGUCACCAACCAAAGCAAUGUUCACACCUUGUCUUAGCCUGUAGAUGCACGCUGCUAUUCUAAACUAUGUAGCUACAGUGCAAAUGAUAACCUUAAAUAUGUUUCAAGUAUAUUCAAAUAUAUUAGACAAAAAGCCCUAUUAUUUACACAGAAAUAACAUCAAAUAAUCUACAGACUGAAUCCUCCAUCCCCACCCAUUUCAGAAGGUUUUCCAGGGGUAUUGAUAAUGGCUCCAGGAUGCUGCAAAGCAAUUUGGUGACCCAUGUAACUCACUAUAUUGGUGCAUUCACCUUAAGAGGAUGCCAAAGUGGAGACCAUUUCUUAUGCAGCUCCUGGCGCCAUGUGGGAAAUGACACAUUAAUCCCGGGGGACAAGAAAUCUUACAGGAAAGGUCAACAGAACAUUAAUAACCGGUCUAAUUACUCCUUCUUUGGGUGAAAGGCUAACUAACCUCUUGUGCCUUGCUCUGAUUUCCCAAACACACAGAUGUACAUGUGUGUACAUGGAUAGUGCCAAAGAAUCAAAAGUAUAUUUUCUUCCCCCUCCCCCCACCCAACUGCACUUUCACACGGCCAGCAGAAAUACUCUGAGUUGAUUUCUUUCGAGCUGAUAAGAUGUGGAAGUUUACUGGUUUGAAAAUUGUGAGUGGUGCAGGUUUGGGAGGUGGGAUAGGUGGUAGGGGUGGGGGGGGGUGUUAGAAACGCAGAAGGAUUCUCCUGUUGGGUGUAAUUUGUAGGGGAUAGAAAGCGACUAUCACUCUUUUUACAAAAUAAUACACAAAAUAGAUUUCAAAUGUAACUUUGCUGCAAGAAGAAAACACAUUAGCAGCCUGUUGCAGGUCUAUAACUUUUCUAAAACCCUAAAGGGGAUGUUUCAAGUAAUAUUAUACCAUAUAAUAAAAAAAGACUUCAAUAACA